CAGCUUACCUAGCAGCGCUGCUGGCCAAGGCGCUCCAUAACAUCGUGGCGUGUCGCGAGAAAAGGCGAGAACAUAGCAACAAGACAACAAAAAUAAAUUCUGGACAACAAUUCAGAGUGAACGAUGGCGGCGUCGCUGCUGCGCCGGGACAAGAAAGCCACAGCCGCUCAUCUAAAGGCGGACCUCAAUCGGACUGACAACAGCUCUGGACUCCGGCAACUUCAGGAAUUGCUGGAUAAUGUUCUUAAUCCAGAGAAGCCAGCGGCGGACACUGAGGCCCUUGACUGGUGUAAAUAUCUGCUGGCAGGAGGGGACGGGUUCGAGGAGUUCUGCAAGACCGUCCGCUCCUACGAUAACGCUACUCUCUGUGGCUUAGUCUGGACUGCUAAUUUUGUAGCCUACCGAUGUCGGACCUGUGGCAUUUCCCCUUGUAUGUCACUGUGUGCGGAGUGUUUUAACAACGGGGAUCACACGGGCCAUGAUUUUAACAUGUUUAGGAGUCAGGCCGGUGGGGCCUGCGAUUGUGGAGACAGUAAUGUCAUGCGAGAAAGUGGGUUUUGCAGACGGCAUCGGUUAAAAACAGGGGAGAAUGUUCCAUUGGUUCCUCACGAUCUACUGCUCAUGUCUGAGAUGGUUCUUCCUCGUUUCAUCAUCAGCAUAAUACAGUACCUGAGAGAUGGCUACACAGAGCCAGAGUCAGCCACAGAUAGGGAUCUACAGAAGGUCCUACAGCAGCUGGAGCCUCAGAUAUCUUUCUUAGAAGAACUCACUAAGAUGGGUGGAGCUAUGCGCACUGUUCUUACAAAGAUUUUAACCAAUCAGCAGACCUUUAAAGAACUGAGCGUGGGCCAGGAGGAGAAUGUGUAUGCAAAGAGAAGUUAUGAGAAGUACCUGUUAGCACUGAAGAAUUCAGGCUUAGUGUCUGUGGAGGAGAAGGGGUCAGCAGGUGCAGGGCCUGGGGCAGCAGACUCACUUGCUGGAGCUGGAGCGCUGAGCUUGCUGGGAGCUGCUGCAGCAGCUAGCCCAGAUGAGGAAAACAAAGAGGAGGAUCAGGAUGGAGGGCAGUGUUUGGGCCAGAGAAAGAGGGUAAAGCUGAGCAGUAGUACCAAAGAUCCAUCCAUAAUGGAUACUCUGAAACAUAAAUGUUUUUUAGAAGAGUUAUUGUUUUGGACUAUUAAAUAUGAGUUUCCACAGAAGAUGGUCACUUUUUUACUCAACAUGCUACCAGAUCAAGACUAUAAGAUCACCUUCACUAAAACAUUUGUUCAGCACUAUGCGUUCAUCAUGAAGACUCUGAUGAAGAGCCAUGAGUCAGACACAAUGUCCAACCGAAUUGUGCACAUCAGUGUGCAGCUGUUCAGUAAUGAAGAGUUGGCGCGUCAUGUUACUGAGGAGUGCCAGCUGCUGGACAUCAUGGUCACUGUGCUGCUGUACAUGAUGGAAAGCUGCCUUAUUAAGAGUGAGCUGCAAGAUGAAGAGAAUAAUCGUCAUGUGGUGGUGAACUGUGGGGAAGCUCUGCUGAAGAACAACACCUACUGGCCUUUAGUUAGCGACUUUAUUAAUAUUCUCUCUCACCAAAGCGUAGCCAAGCGCUUCCUGGAGGAUCACUCCCUGCUCAUGCUCUGGAUGAGCUUUGUCUCCUUCUUUCAAGGGAUGAACUUGAACAAGAGGGAGUUGAAUGAGCAUGUAGAGUUUGAGUCUCAGACCUACUACGCAGCUUUCGCUGCUGAACUGGAGGCCUGUGCUCAGCCUAUGUGGGGGCUGCUUACACACUGCAAAGUGAAAGAAACACAGGAGUACACUAAGACAGUGGUGCGGUAUUGCCUGGAGACUUUACAGAUCUGGUUUGACGCCAUUGGUUUUGUUGAUGAGCCUGCUCCCAAUCAAGUAACAUUUCAUUUGCCCUUGCACCGCUACUAUGCCAUGUUCCUCAGCAAGGCGGUGAAGUGUCAGGGGCUAGACUUGGAUAGUCUGCUUCCUGACCAGGAAAUGCUGAUGAAGAUCAUGGUGCAUCCUCUCCAAAUACAGGCUUGUCUGUCUGAGAUCCACAGUAAUAUGUGGGUGAGGAAUGGACUACAGAUAAAAGGGCAGGCUAUGACGUACGUCCAGUCUCACUUCUGCAACUCUAUGAUUGACCCAGACAUUUUCCUGCUACAGGUGUGCGCAUCACGACUAGAUCCAGACUACUUUAUUUCUUCAGUGUUUGAGAGAUUUAAAGUAGUGGACUUGUUGACGAUGGCGUCGCAGCACCAGAACACAGUACUGGAUGCGGAGCAGGAGAGGCCAAUGCUAGAGGGGGCUCUCACUUUCCUCGUCAUAUUGUGCAGCCUCCGCAUACACAUGGGCAUGACUGAUGAUGAGAUUUUACGGGCAGAGAUGGUGUCCCAGCUGUGUAUGAAUGACCGCACACACAGCUCACUUCUUGAUCUUAUUCCAGAGAACCCUAAUCCUAAGAGUGGCAUUGUUCCUGGCAGCUGUAGCUUUGAGGAGAUGCUUUCAGCUGUGGCUGACUUUAAAGCUCCUGUGUUUGAGCCUGGGGGUUCCAUGCAGCAGGGCAUGUACACACCUAAAGCGGAGGUGUGGGAGAAGGAGUUCGACCCAAUCAUGGUGAUCUUGCGCACAGUAUACCGUCGAGACGUCCAGUCAGCAAUGGAUAGAUACUCAGCAUUUUUGAAGCAGUCAGGUAUCCACACUGGCAACCCCUGGCCUCCUUAUAAGGAGAGGACUCCAUUGCACCCAUGCUACAGAGGCCUGGUGCGCCUGCUGCACUGCAAAACCCUGCACAUUGUCAUCUUUACCCUGCUGUACAAGAUCUGGAUGGACCAUCAGAACAUGUCAGAGCAUGUGCUGUGUAUGGUGCUUUAUUUGGUUGAACUGGGCUUGGACAACCACAUGCAGGAGGACAAGGAGGAUGAGGAGCCCUGUAUUGAGGAGCAUUGCCAUGACAGCUGGUUCCCCGGCACCAGCCUGCUUUCGAACCUACACCAUGUGAUUCACUUUGUGCGGGUACGAGUGCCUGAGACAGCACCAGAGGUGGAGAAAAAGAGGGAGCGUGAGAGGGAGAGAGAGACUCCUCCAAGCACCAGCGCCGAGUCAUCCAGCUUUGGACAGAGCUCCAGGAGACUGACAGGGAAUUGGAGAGAGAACUUGCGUGAGGCUCAGCUGUUCAGCCUUGUGGCAGAACGCAGGAGAAAGUUCCAGGAGAUUAUUAACCGCAGUAGUCAUGAAGCCAGCCAGGCUGUACGGCCCAAGUCCUCUUCCCGCUGGCAUCCUCCUGGCUCUCCUCCGCAACUGGUCACAGAGAUCCUGGAGAUCAGGGAGAGCAUGCUGUCCCUACUGGUCAAACUGCAUCAGAAACUUUCUGCCAAGCAGAACUCCCUUUCACCAAGCUGGUUGGAGGAGGCUGACCCAGCACACCAUGCGCAUGGAGAUGGUAUCACUGCCAUUGAAAGAAUCCUGGCUAAAGCAGCGUCUCGGAGCAGACACAGCAAGAGGUGCCUGCAGGAGAUCUGUGGAAGAGUGUGCCCUCCUGUGACUGCCAAAAAGAACAGUCCAGGAGACAAGAAGAGCAUGGAUAAAGAGGAAAGGCGGCAAAGGGCCAGAGAGAGACAGCAGAAACUGCUGGCUGAAUUUGCCUCCAGGCAGAAAAGCUUCAUGGAGACAGCCAUGGAUGUUGAGUCUCCUGAGGCUGAGGCAGCAAUGGACGUGGGCUCUGCUGAGCCUCUGGACUCUGAAGUUCUGUAUGAUUGUGUCAUAUGUGGCCAGAGCGGCCCCUCUACUGAAGACAGACCUACAGGACUGGUGGUGCUACUACAGGCGUCUUCAGUGUUGGGGCACCGUUGCCGUAGUGACGAGGCAAAGCGGCUCCCUACAAGCGACGAGGAGCAGAUUUUCCCUGAGGACACGUGCGGAGCGACUAACGACGUUAGACUAGCGCUCAUGCAGCGGUACUUCAAAGAUAGUUCCUGUCUGCAGUCUGUCUCCAUUGGCUGGGAUGGUGGUGUGUAUGUGCAAACAUGUGGUCACACACUGCAUAUAGACUGUCACAAGUCCUACAUGGAAUCUUUACGGAAUGACCAGGUGCUGCAGGGUUUCUCGGUGGAUAAGGGUGAGUUCACCUGCCCUCUGUGUCGCCAGUUUGCUAACAGCGUUCUGCCUUGCAAGCCUGGGCGUGGCACAGAGGCAGGUGCCUGGCACACCCCUAGCAACAAGAGUCCGGCCACACUUGUCAAGGAAGUCGGGGACCUGCAAGAGGAGCUGGGCAUUUUCCCAGUAAGCACCUAUACGGAAUCUAACCUCACUAAAGAGAUGGAGUCUGUGAUUAAAGACAUAAAGAAUGCCACACAGAAGAAGUACAUGGACUACGGCAAGAACCCGGGCUCACCUGAUAACGAUUUCCUCUUUAUGUACUCGGUAGCCAGGACGAAUUUGGAAUUGGAGUUGGUUCAUCGUGGUGGGAAUCUGUGCAGCGGGGGAGCCAGUGCUGCAGCGAAACGCUCUUGCCUCAAUCAGUUGUUCCAUGUGUUGGCCAUGCACAUGCGUCUGUACAGCAUCGAUUCUGCUUAUAACCCCUGGACCCGUCUCACACAGCUCACCCAGAACAGAGAGUCAGAGUACGGGCAUGAGGAGCGUCCCGAGGUGCCCAUGCUGUUUCGAGAUGUCCCCUCCUUACUCAUCAUCUUUGUGCUCACUAUGCCUCAGCCCCUACGCAAAGAACAUUUUACAUGUAUAGUCAAGGUGCUCUACACUCUACAGUACACUCAGGCCCUGGCAGCCCUAUCAGUCAAAUUCAGCCCUGAGGAGAGAUUAGCAUGGAGCAACACUGUGGCGGCCAAGAAGAACAUGCCAAACUCUGAAAAAACAUGGGAGACACUCCUGAGCCAUGUUAUCAGUGAGCUCACUAAGGCUAGGGGUGUGUAUGAGAGCAGGCCUGAGGAGUCUAUGUUGAGCUCGAGUGUUUGGUCUCCACAGUCUAUAGAGUUUACACUGCAGCAAUUCUGUCUGCCCUUCCUGCGCCUCUCCUGCUUGCUUCAGCACCAUCUCUAUGGGGACAACCUGCCUGGCUGCCUGGUAGAGGAGGAGUUCUCAUUGCUGGUUGGCUGUGUGGGUUUGCUGCCCGGUUCGGCCGAGUCCAGCAGCUCCAUGAACAGUGCAACGUGCCUGGAGUGGAACAUCAACCCAUUUGAGCUGCUCUCCCAGUGGUGCUCUGAGCUCAUCAGCCUAGCUGGUGCUCCCUCACAGCAGGCCAUGACUCUGUUGGUGCAGGACCCUCAGUGGGCUGCUCCUCGCCUGCUGCAGCUCCCUGACAACUACAACACCAUUUUCCAGUACUACCAUCGGAAAUCCUGCUCCGUCUGCAAUAAAACACCCAAGGACCCUGCACUGUGCCUGGUGUGUGGGGCCUUUGUCUGCCUCAAGGGCCUCUGCUGCAAACAACAGGGGAUCUGCGAGUGUGUACUGCAUUCUCAGCAUUGUGGAGCUGCCACUGGAAUCUUCCUCUUGAUAAACGCCUCCGUCAUCAUCAUCAUUCGGGGACAUCGUUUCUGUCUGUGGGGGUCUGUUUAUCUGGAUGCUCAUGGAGAGGAAGACAGAGAUUUACGUCGGGGCAAACCUCUGUUCUUGUGUGAGGAGAGGUACCGAGUGCUGGAGCAGCAAUGGGUGUCCCACACCUUCGACCACAUUAACAAACGCUGGGGUCCCCACUACAACGGACUUUAACAUGACACCCCCAAAACAAACCUGGAGCAGCCAGAACACACUGGGCAUGAGUGCCACCCUCUGUAUCUCCUUUUGAUAAAUGCUAUCAUGUAAUAUAAAAGAAACAAGCCGUGAGUGGAUUGCUGCUACAGCCUUGGUUAUGUGAAGUUUAUUGUACAAUCAUGCCUAAUGACUAACAGUAUGUGUGCGUGUAUGCGUGUGUGUGUGUGUGUGUGUGUGUGUGUGUGUAUGCAUGUGUGCGUGUAUGUGUUUGUAUGCAUGAGUGAGUGUGUGUGUGUGUGUGUGUGUGUGUGUGUGGUUUUAAAGUGGUUUCUGUGUGGAUUUGGAAAUGGAGAAGAUGGGGAAUUUAGUUUUUGUUUGGGACAAGCUCACAGUGAAAGCACAGUUUAGCAACUUGAGUGCAUUUGAGUGAGUGCUAUUUGAAGCAUGAGUUACUUAAUUGCACCUCUCAAAAAGUCCACAAAUGUUUGUUGUUUCUGAAGAAUACGUUCUCAGUACAGGAAAUCUUGACCAAAAUCUGGCCUGCAGGAUUUCUUUUUUUACAAAAUAGAUAUCUGAGUCAUUAUCAAAAACGAGAAGAAACAUUUAUUAUCAGUGCUAACUGGAUGGAGGUACCAUACUGGUUAAAGAAGAGCAUAUCAACCGUGAUUAUCAACCAUGAUCAUAACCCCGUGACUAGUGCAGUGAGUAACAAUGUUUGUCAUACUAAGUGAUUUGAUGCAUAUCUCAUUUCAUUCUACACUCAGAGAUAUUUACGUGCUGGUAAGGAAUAGAAGUGUCAUUUAAGCAGAAUUCUACCACAAGGAGAUCAAAGCUGAAUAGUAGAACAAAAAUGACUGUCCAUCUUUUGGAUGCUUUCCGGUAAUCGGGCCAUGGACUGGCUUUGAAGUGAAUGAAAUGACGUGUGUUUUAGAAGUUAAACAAAAUAUGGAUUUAUCAGCCGAUUGUAGUCAAGGUAAAAUGAGACUUAUCUCUGGUUUAAGGUCUAGUUGCAACCAUCCUCAGGAAUUUCUUUCUGCUGUAGUUGAAGAGAAACUUUUUAAUAUUUAAAUAAAUGCUGCUAUUCAUUGUUAAGAGUUAAUUAUAACAUUGUAAAGAUGAUUUGUAUGAUUUAAAACUUUUUUUUUUCUCAAAGAACAGAAGGCUGUGUUCAUAGCAGUUGGCAGGGUUGUUGAGGAUUUCCUUUAAAUAUAAAGUUGCAAGAGAUGCAGAUAUUUCCCAUAAACUCUGCCAAUCACAAAGCUUUUCUGAACUCACCCGUUUAAUUUGCUACAGGUUGAAAACAGCAUUAAGUUUCCCUUUCUAAAUUCAGCAAUAUAAAAACGUCUCAAAAGUAAGCAAAGAAAUUCUGCCAGCAAAAUGUCAUGCAGCCAUGCUAAGAUGAGAAAUGUCACAUUUUGGGAGUCAUCGCAAAUUGAUGUUACAUAGCUUUCGUUCCCUAAUCAAAUAAGCUUUCGGCAUAAGAGAAGACUGCUCCAACGUCAGCAGACAUGGUCAACUUCCAGAAACCUCAGCUUCAGGUUAUGGUGACCUCCAUAGCACCCAUAAUACAAUCAAAAUUGGUAUUUCAGCGUAAUGCAGCUGGAGAUUUGUGGCAUUUACAAGUUCAUAUUUUUAAGACUUUAUAUAAAGGCGUUUCAGAUUGUCUUUAAGGAUAGUAGAACGUCAUUGUAGUGCUAUACCUUUCUUUAAGCAGGGGCCACAGGAAUGAAAUUUCACUGGUUUCAAGUAAAGUAAUAUAUGUUCACAGGUUUAAAGUGGUCUUUAGAAGAAGAAGGGAAAAAAAUCACCUCUGUCUUUCCCUCACUAGUCAAAAAUGUAUGACUUGGUCCACAGUGAUGUCCCCUCUGUACUGAUUGACCUGCUCAAUUUUGGACUAAAAUCAAACGUUCCCUUUGGGUCAAGAUAAAGGACCAUUUCUCGCUAUGCUUUUGUGAUGGUUCUGUCCAAAUAGUUAAAAUAUCGUAUUUUGCUGAAGUUUGUCUCUGUCAAGUCAGACAUGUACUUGGAUGCAGUACUUUGUAGGAUUCUUUGUCAGUGGCCACUUGUACAGGGAUUUAAAUUGGGUCUCACGUGGUUCUCCAUAUAAUUGCUUUCAGAAGGAUUUCAGAAUGUAGUUGAAAUGUUUGCAUAGAUGUUUUACCAUUUAUUUUACUGCUAUUCGGCUGCCCCUUCCAAAGCAAGACUGUUCAAUUCACAUGGACUUGUCUUUAAAACCUUCUAAAGCACUUGGUUGUAACUUCUAAUUUGUUUGUUUACUAUGUUAACCUGUUUGUGUUCCCUUCUCUCCUCUCUCUCAUUUGUCAGUUUACUCUGAGAAGGUGAAAGAGAACCAAACCUUGCGAUUCUGUUAAAGAUGAUUCUGAAUGCUGUCGGUUCCAGACUUUGACUAAAGUUGGGACUUUUCAGUGCUUCAUUUCACUCCUGUCCCUUCUAGCCCUUUUGUCCACAGUCCUCUUUUUAAGCCCACCUCUUGAGACAGAGCCACCGUUGCACACCAAAAAGCAUGUUUUGGUUUUGUAUUGAUCAGUUCAAAAGGUGUUGAUUACACAGGACUGCAUGACUUAUGGGGUGUGUAAGCCUGUAGCUGUACGGUUUCAGUCAUUCUAAACACAAAAAUUAUGCCUAUUGUUUCCCAUCUCAUGUAGUUUUGUCACAACAGUGGACAUAUUUUGAAUGUUUCCAUUCACUUUUUAUACUAAAAAAAUAUUAUCCAUGUUAUUAUCCUAGAAUGUAGCCUUGUGCAAUCUUAUUUUUUACCCAUGCAGUAGUAAAUGGUCUGAUGCAGUUUGAACUGUUGGGGUAGUAAGAGAAAGAGAAGAUAUGCACACAAAGCACCUGUUCAAAGCCAAAAGAAGUAUUAGAAAACUCUGCAGUGAUAUCUGGACUCAUCAAUUGUGAGAAGACUUAAUGUGAUGGAAAUAAAUAGACAACAUUUCUGAAACCUGUAUAGCAGAACUGGCAAUAAUCACAUUAGUUUACAAGCCCCAGUUUCCUUUUAUUGGCUCGUGUCAUCAAUGCUGCAGCCACUCAAUGCUGAGGGAGAUGCUUCAGGCACUUAACUUCUCUGCUCCUUUCUGUCUUUCAUUUUUGUCCUGAAUUCUUGCAUGCUGCUGUUUUUCUCCUUUUCAGUUUUUCUCUCUUUUGUUUUCUUUCUCAGCCCAUCCAUUGUAUAGACAGUUUUGUGGAGAGUAAUGGGUUAAUUGGAAUUGAACGCUGCAACUUGUCCUUGGUGUGGUGUGAGAUGAGUGACUGACAGAGAGGCAGAAAUACAGUACAUUACUGUAGGUGCUGAUUCAAACUUUCUGAUCUCAAGUCAGAAAGGGUGACAGACAUUUAAUGCAAAAUGUAACAUAUGUGAAUAAAAUAUAAAGAUGCUCUGA